AUCGCACGGCGGAACUGAUAGGCCCCGCCCCUUCCUUCACCGAGCUAGCUGACGGGUCCCACUCCACACCGUUUUGCCACUAAAUUAAUACUUAAAAAUAGCUCAACAAGAAGGACAUUAUGUCCGCAAACAAUAUGUCAGGCCCACAAAGGGUAAACAAAAUUAUCCGAUACAAGCCCCCCAGCACGGAAGCAAACCCCACCCUGGAAGACCCGACUCCAGACUACAUGAACCUACUCGGCAUGAUCUUCAGCAUGUGUGGCCUGAUGCUGAAGUUAAAGUGGUGUGCGUGGAUAGCAGUGUACUGCUCCUUCAUCAGCUUCGCUAACUCCCGCAGCUCAGAAGACACUAAACAGAUGAUGAGCAGCUUCAUGCUGUCCAUCUCAGCCGUGGUGAUGUCAUACCUCCAGAACCCCCAGCCCAUGUCGCCACCGUGGUAACCAAGGACCAAUGACGGGGGUGCCUUGCAGGAGAGGGGCGGUUCCAGACUGAGAGUGGGAGACGGACUCCUGACUCGCCCACUGACCAUCUGGGAGAGAGAGAGAGGGAGGGAUGGAUGGCUGGAGAGAGGAGAUGGAUGGAUGGAGACAGAGAGGGGGAAGGGAAAAAGAUGGAUGUAUUGAUGACCAGGUGGUCCUGGUUAUAACUCCCUGUUUACUCUCCAAAAUCACUCUCUUCCUGGAGAUAUAGCAUGUUUUCUAUUGAAUUGUCUGAUUCACCCGCUGUAAGCUGAGCUCUGUUAGUUGGAAAUAAAGAUUGAAGGUUUUAUAAAGUC